UGCUAAGCGAGGGGCCGGGGGGCGCGGAUCCUGAGAGCCAGGCGGGGAAAGCUCGGCCAAAAGAACUGAUCCGAGGAACCGCGAGCGGCGGGAGCCGGCCUGGAGCCGGACACUUCAGGCCCCUGACCGCCCUCACAGCCGAUCGGUGAACGAAGAGUGGUCCCUAGGCACCCCCUGCCUGGGCCCAGUCCCUCCCCGGGCCCCCCAUGGCCCGGGCCGCAGUCCUCCCGCCGUCCAGAUUGUCACCGACGUUAUCGUUGUUGCUGCUGCUUCUGCUCCUGCUCCAGGAAACAGGAGCCCAAGAUGUGCGGGUACGGGUGCUCCCAGAGGUCCGCGGCCGCCUGGGAGGCACUGUGGAGUUACCGUGUCACCUACUCCCACCCACGACCGAGCGCGUCUCUCAGGUGACCUGGCAGCGCCUGGAUGCCACAGUCGUGGCCGCCUUCCACCCAUCCUUCGGCGUGGACUUCCCCAACCCUCAGUUCAACAAGGAGCGCCUGUCCUUUGUCAGAGCAAACGAGGACACAAACGCGGACCUGCGGGAUGCCACGCUAGCCUUCCGGGGACUGAGGGUGGAGGACGAGGGCAAUUAUACCUGCGAGUUUGCCACCUUUCCCAAUGGUACCCGCAGGGGGGUGACUUGGCUCAGAGUCAUAGCCCAGCCUGAGAAUCAUGCUGAAGCCCAGGAGGUCACGAUUGGCUCUGAGUCCGUGCCUGUUGCCCGCUGUAUCUCCACGGGGGGCCGCCCACCUGCCCGGAUCACCUGGAUUUCAUCUCUGGGUGGAGAAGCCAGAGACAUUCAGGAGCCAGGUCCACAGGCUGGCACCGUCACAGUCACCAGCCGAUACUCCUUGGUGCCGGUGGGCCAAGCGCAUGGCAUCAAGGUCACUUGCAGAAUAGAACACGAGAGCUUUGAGGAGCCGAUCCAGCUGCCAGUGACGCUCUCCGUGCGCUACCCUCCCGAAGUGUCCAUCUCUGGCUAUGAUGACAAUUGGUACCUCGGCCGCAGCGAAGCCAUCUUGACCUGUGAUGUACGCAGCAACCCAGAGCCCACAGGCUACGACUGGAGCACGACCUCAGGCGUCUUCCCGACCUCCGCAGUUGUCCAGGGGUCUCAGCUCCUUGUCCACUCUGUGGAUCGAAUGGUCAACACUACCUUCAUCUGUACAGCCACCAAUGCUGUGGGGACAGGUCGUGCUGAGCAGGUCGUCCUGGUGCGAGACACCCCCCAGGCCUCCCGAGAUGUGGGUCCGCUGGUGUGGGGGGCCGUGGGGGGAACAUUGCUGGUGCUACUUCUGGCUGGGGGGUUCCUGGCCUUCAUCCUGCUGAGGGGGAGGAGGAGGCGGAAGAGCCCUGGAGGAGGAGGAAAUGAUGGCGACAGAGGAUCCUACGAUCCAAAGACUCAGGUGUUUGGGAACGGGGGUCCUGUCUUCUGGAGGUCGUCAUCCCCAGAGCCCAUGAGGCCAGAUGGCAGGGAAGAGGAAGAGGAGGAGGACGAAGAAUCGAAGGCCGAGGAAGGCCUCAUGCUGCCUCCACACGAGUCACCCAAGGAUGACAUGGAAUCUCAUUUGGAUGGCUCCCUCAUUUCUCGGCGGGCAGUUUAUGUGUGACCCCACGCUGUAGACACCGGACACAUAGAGAUGCCAAUUCCCACCCCCACUGCCAACCACACCAACGCCAGCCAGCAAUGGGAUGGCUAGGGACCGGUUGGACUGGUUCUUCUUCAGCACACCGGAGUUGGAAGGCCACCUCCCCAGUUUCUGGAUAGAGGACAAGUGGAACCACACACCAGACUCCUAUCUCCAGGCCCUCAUGGCCCCCAAGAGCACCAUGGUGCACACUCAGGACUCCUCAGAGCUUUGCUUUCGGCCCCAGCCUGGCCCUGGCCCCGAAACACUCAGGAGCUAAUAAAUGCCUUGUCAGAAAAACUUAGGGAUGUUUUGUAAUACAUCAGACCCCUCUUUGUGUCCUGGGGAACAAGUGGGUGGGACAGAGACCCUAAGUACUGAAGCUUAAAAGAAAAAAUCUCCAGAUUGGGAGAUGUCACACCCAAGCUCCCCUGUAGCUACUGGGAUUGAGAAUGGGGUCCCUGACUUUGAGGCGCAUAGACCAGAGUAUGGGGAAGGGAGCUUGAACUCUUGGACA